AUGCCCAAAGCAAAGGCCCAGAAGUGGUACGCGGUUCAAAUUGGACGUGACGGUCCCCAAAUCUAUGACAAUUGGAACGAUUGCAAGGACAAAGUGUCGAGAUACCCCGGUGCUGUGCACAAAAGCUUUAAGACCAGGAAGGAGGCGGAAAAUUGGCUUGGUGAUCAUUCAAGUAAAGAACUCAAGAAGGAAUUCUUCCAGCCACAUGGAAGCGCCUACCGGACGAAGGAAAAAUCACCGAGUCAAAAACUGCUGCCUGAGGCCAAACCUCAGCUCCAACCAAGCGCUGCCAUCGUCCUUUCUCCAGAGCAAACACAAGUGCUCGACCGCGUCAAAGCAGGCCAAAACGUCUUCUUCACCGGAUCCGCUGGAACGGGCAAAUCGGUGUUGCUGAGGGAGAUCAUCUCUUUUUGCGGCGGUUCUCAUUCUCCGGAAGUUGCAAUUACUGCCUCUACCGGUAUAGCCUCGGUCAACAUUGGUGGGACGACUUUGCACUCAUGGGCGGGUAUUGGAAUUGGCAACGAAUCUGCCGCCAAACUGGUUGGGAAAUUCUGGGGUCAGCCUAAAUUUAGACCUGUACUUGAACGCUGGCAACGAGUGAGAACGUUGAUUAUUGAUGAAAUUUCCAUGUUGGACGGCUCCUUGUUUGAUACCUUGGAAGAGGUUGCCAGACGAACUCGCCGCAACGACCUGCCCUUUGGAGGCAUUCAGUUGGUUCUAUGCGGUGAUUUCUGCCAGCUCCCUCCCGUAAGUGGGAGAAACGGACCUCCCGCAAAAUUUGCCUUUGAAGCAGACUGCUGGGACACCUGUGUGCCGACCAUGAUGCACUUGACACGCGUCUUUCGACAGAAAGAUCAAGCCUUUGUGGAUAUGCUGAACGAAAUGCGAUUGGGCAAUAUGAAACCUGCCACCAUUCAAGCCUUCCGAUCUCUUUCUCGAAAGGUCACUUACAAGGAUGGAAUUGAGCCCACCGAGUUAUACUCUACGCGGCGUGAGGUUGACCAGGCCAAUAAGUCCAGACUCAAUCAGCUUCAGGGUGAAGCCAGAACGUAUGCCGCGCAAGACAUACCCGGAAGAGACGCGGAUGGCAGGAUUACUUCCCCUGCCAAGAUGGAGCAACUUUUGGAUCGUCUUCUGGCGCCGAAGUCCAUCACCCUGAAGGUUGGAGCGCAAGUGAUGCUUGUCAAGAAUAUUCAACAAGGGCGACUUGUCAACGGCUCUGUGGGCACCGUGAUCAAAUUCAUGAGCGUUGACGAGGCGGCCAAAGAACAUGUCACGAUCGCCGAAGCAGAACGCCCCUCUGACAACGAGAAAACCAAAGCUGGGACUCGGGAAUCUCCCAUUAAUGUCGACGAUUUCGAGUCGGGUGAGGACGAAGAGGACGACAUCGUUAUCGUGUCCGAGUCUGCAAAUGCCCCUCUUCCUGCUACUCGACGGUUGAUGCUGUGGCCACUCGUCCGUUUCGUUGGUGGCAUCGAGCGGAUGGUCAUUCCGGCGGACUUUACAGUCAACAAUGCGGAAGGAGAGGUCGAGGCCAAGCGGAUUCAGAUACCUUUGAUUCUUUCCUGGGCCCUCAGCGUGCACAAAUCCCAGGGACAGACCCUUGAGCGAGUCAAGGUUGACCUCAAGCAGACCUUCGAGAAAGGCCAAGCCUACGUCGCCCUCUCACGAGCCACUUCUAUGGACCACUUGCAAGUCUUGAACUUCGAGGCUUCCAAAGUGGAAGCACAUCCACUGGUUCUCCAUUGGUACCGGACCAAAGCGGGAUCACCAGCGUCCCUGCGCGACGAAUUCGACGACUUUGAUGAUGAGAUGGACAGUGAAGAGGCAAUGCAAGCAUAUUAUGAUUUGUAG